AUGUUCCAGAUAUAUGAAAAUUUCGGAAAUAAUCCGCCGAAAAUGAACGAUGUUCUCGACUUUGUUGGCAUCCUCACUCAUGAGCCGUUGCAUGCCGAAACUGACGUCAUUCUCAACGUACCCACGUUGCAUGUUUUAUUCACUAGACCACAGAAGCUGGAUGUCCUCCCUACACCCGGAUUCCACACGACUGCGACGGAAGCACUACAGAAAGAGCUCGUCUCAUGGAUUGCGGAGGAAGCUCUUGGAGGUGAUCAAGAUGCUGCCGAACAAUCUCGUAUCCGCUCCCUGAACCCGCCUUCUCUAGCUCUAUCACACUUCCCACCGCCCUCAUCCCCUUCACUUGAGCCCCCGCCUCCCACGAUCUCCCAUGUCCUUUCCCUUCUCCUUCCGACUUUCGUGACCCUCCCACUCUCCUUGGAGCUUCUCAACACUACCCCUUUUGUUCCAGAAAGUUCAGAAGAAGACCUCUCUUCUGGGGUUCUCCAACUUUCCAGCGGCACAACGCUCUUGAUAACUGAGACCAAUGUGCGAGAGGGCCAACUCGUCGAGAAAGGAGUUAUGAACGUCAUGGCUAUCCAAGAUGUUAUGGAGUCCCAGACCCUCUCCUACAAAUUUCCCUUCAGUCAAUUUUCCUUCCCGACUGACAUUCAAUUCAUUGUGCUCAGCGAAGGGAAGAAGAGUGUAUUUUUGAAGACGGACGUGACGGUCCCUCUGAGGCCUUCUGGCUCUUCAAACCUCUAUAAGCCCAAUUCCCAGGUCGUCUUACCCUCCUUGGAAAAGUUGGCUUCGUUCCGACGCCUCAUCCUUGGCGCGAGGUUCGGCAAAAUUGAAGUUGGGCAACAAACGUCCGAGCAUAUUCAACAAGACUUCGUUGAAGAGAGGAAGUCUGACAAAUCGAUAUCAUCCGACCAUUUGAAGUUGAGCAUCACAACGACCAGGUUAUUGGGACUAACAUUACUCGAGAAGGAGCUCACUAUUGAGACAUGGAAACGUUCAAAAGCUCUUGAAGCAAGGCGCAAGGCGCGAUUAGAUUAG